AGAGGAAGUCUUUUCUAAAUGGAUAUUACCAAACUUCCCUCCAACCAGUUUCUUAGUAUGUCAGCGGUCAUUCAAAGGGUGAAGGCUUAAAAAGGAUAACCAGCCAACCCAUUUUUUUCCCGUUGCAAAACUGUUUCCUCUCUGGAAAAGACUUCUUUUCACAUCGCUGGGAUCUGAGACAUUCUACAUUAUCAUUCGUCAAUUUUUCCCCAACCAAAACAAGAGCGAAGCAGAAAGCAUUGGGCAUGCCUGGGAAUAUCUGGUAUAAAAUGUACAUUGACGAGCCUAGUGAUCAGUCAGCUCGAUGGAUUGGGUAUUGAACAGCUCGGAUUUAUGUUUGCUCUUACAGCAUCGCCAGUUUUUCAGGAAUACGUGAGUGCGUGCAACAUCUGUACAUGUGAGACACAAUACUAAUGCUAUAUAACCAUGGGAUGUCACUUCUCUUCCGCAAAUAAGCAGAAAGUUUCUGCGAAGACGAGGAAGAAUUAUCUUGUUCAAAAUUCCCAAACAGAAGACGAUAACGUUAACCAUCAGCAACGACGGCCAGCGGCGGAUCCCCCGGUGUUUACCGAAGAACAGAAAAAAGUAGUUUUGGAAAGUUGGCAGUUUAUACAGGAAGAUAUCGCUAAGGUGGGAGUCGUUAUGUUCAUGAACCUCUUUGAGACCCACCCUGACGUCCAGGACGUUUUUAUGCCAUUCAAGGGAAUGUCAAAGGAAGAUCUCUCUCACAGCUCCCAGCUGCGCUCUCAUGCUCUGAGGGUUAUGGGCACUGUCGAGAAGUGCUUGUCCCGGAUUGACGAGCCCAAAAAGCUCGAAGAGAUGUUACACGAAUUAGGAGCCAGGCACGUUAUGUACAGCGCUAAGGUCGAUUAUAUUGAUCUUAUAGGGCCUCAGUUUAUUUACGCCAUUGCUCCGGCCUUAGGGGAUCGUUGGACACCGGAAAUGGAAUCAGCAUGGUCAGACUUGUUUAAGUUUAUAUCCUAUAUUAUAAAGGAAGCCAUGCUAUUUUACUGACGGAUUCAAAUGGAUGCCCACCAAAUGGACAGGCUAUAAACAACCAUAACCAGAUAUUCUGCCUUUUGACAUUUCCACGAAAACGUGCCGAAAAGUUUCGGGCAACCGGAAAAGACUUACAGACAGGGUAUCAUGGUGAAUUGUGACAGUGGUACAGAGCACGAAGAAUGCAAGGAACUGUCGCGCGUUCCGCAUUAUAUUGCAUAGGAAAACAAUAUAUGGUUCUCAGUUGUAUGCUAGAUCAGUUUUGUCCACAUAAACCGAUACUGAGUGUCACGAAGAGCUAAAUGUUGCGUAUAAUUCCGUUGUCGUUUUGUUGUUUCCCUAUAAAACAUUGUAAAACGUUUGUAAAUCGCACACUUCGUCUACCAGUCUAGCAAAGGGAAAAGGUUAGCAUCGGGAAGAUCUGAGCUACUUCGAUACGCUCGAGCAGAUUUGCGGGUAAUCAAACUGGUAAAUGUAAUGAUGUAACUCAACGAUUGCCUUUAGAAAACAGAAGUAGUUAAGUCAAAUCAGCUGUGCUUUUUUCUGUUGCGUUUAUUGGGAAUUGUCGUGCAUGGACACUGUGUUAUGUGCCUCGGCAGAUCUACAUGGUCUUCUGGAGAUCGAUUUGCGGACAAUGGUAUUAGCCCUAAAUGUUAUCCCAAGGGCUUGCGGUGAAGGGGAUUUCAAACCUGUGGACGUCAGUCUAGAAAUACCGCAGGAGUCGACAAAAAAAGCACGGAAUGGUGGAAAACGCAAAUCACUGUGUAAUCGCCUUUAUUCUGCGGAUUCUACAAGAUUACUGCGCGCGGGGAAUAUGUGAACAGACAGCCUGACAUUUCGUUCUUUUAGACGAACACAUAAAGUUGAACAUUACGGCAUUUGAUUAUUACUCUGGGGUAAUGGUCACGGCAGUGGUGUUGCAAAAUAAAUG